AAGAAGCAGCGUGUCCCUGGGAUUGGCCGAGACGGGCCCCGCAGGAAGUCCGAGCGUGUGUGCGUGUGUGGUGGGAAUCCAGGCACGGGGGUGACACGGAACUUCGGGCAGGGGGCGCGUUAAGCAGGAAGGGGGUCCCCUGUCCCUCCCUGGGGCGGGUCCCCUGAUUUCCCUGGGCUUUUUCCUCCUCCUCUUGCUUGCUGUCACAUUCCUGCCGCUUGAGUCAGGCCUGGAGGCGGCGGCGGCGGCGGCGGGCUGCUUGCUGCACCAGGAAGCGCAGGGCCCGCACCAUGUAACCAAAGCGGAGGAAGGAGGAGGAGAAGAGCGCGAGAGGAGGGCAAGGAAGGGAGCAAGGAGAAGCCGGCCUGGCCAUGGGGGACGGCGGAGCCGAGGAGGAGAUGGUGGAGCUGCCUCUCACUGACGGUAACCAGGCGAUCGAGGGGGAGGAGAGCCGGGCAUGUGUGUGUGGAGGGAGGGGGCAGCUGGGUGGGUCCCCCUUGGCGCGCGCGCGGGCGGUCCUUGGAGACGUGGAGCCGCUGGCCCGGGCGCCCCGGGAUGGGAUCUCCGGCGGGGCGCGCGGGGUUGGGGCUGGGGUUGGCUCGUUGAGGGUCCCGCAGAUGAGAAUCUGCGGAAAGGGGUCAGGAGGACCCCCGACCCUCCAGGCGGCGCCUCCUCCUCCGGGAAUGACAAGAUGACCCCCAGCAGGGCGCACCGUAGUGGCGGCGGCGGGGUGGGACCUUGGGUUUCGGCUCAGGACCCGGUUGGAGGCGCGUGGAGGAGGAGGAGGAGAGGGCGCUGCUGGAGCGCAGGGAACGCAUCGGGGGGCGUAUCGACCUGAUCCGAGGAAGGCGCACGUUGAGGGACAAGGAGGUGGGGGGUGUCGGCUGGUUGCACGGCUUCUUAUGGGCGCCGAUCGCGGUGUGUAAACACGAUCGGGAGUGCGCGGCGUUAAUAUUUGGAGUGAGAUUAAACUGGAGCGCGUAAACUGGAAUAGGGGUUUUGUCCGCGGUGGGGACAGCGGCACGCAGGUCCCGCUUCUCGUCCGUGAUAAAGGAGAUUGGGGGUGACUGCAGAUCUCGGUGUAUAAACUGGGUCGGUGGAAGGGAGGAGAGCGAGAGUCAUCUUGGCGGUGAUGCACAGGAUUUCGGGGAGGGCGGAUAAACGUGACCUGGGCGCAGGAGGAGGAGGAGGAGAGACACCAGUUGCUUUCUGCCCUUGCUAAAACAGCCAGCUUUGCAAGGAGAGCGGAUAUCCCGGCUCGGCUGUGCCCGGAGACCUUUGCCGAGAGACAGAGGGCGCGAUUGGGCAACGCUUAGACCCGCCUGGGGUUGCGGAGAGACGUCGGGAGUCGAGAAAGAGAGAGAGAAGCCUUUCCUAUCCCACCCGAGGGCCUGGGAGAGUGUUAUCUUUCAAAGUGGCGGAGCUCCGCCCCUAAUUUAUGCACGCCCCGCCUCCCGACCCAGCUGGAGUGGGGGUGGGUGUUGCUGAAUCACCAGCCCGCCCCCGCCUGGAUUGGCAGGUGGGGGCAAGGGGAGGGAGCCGUAGGGGCGGCUGGAGGCGGUUGGCAGGUGGGUGGUGGGAAGUGGUGUGUGUGUGUGUGUGUGUUUGUGAGAACAGUGUACUGGCGAAGGCUGUCUGGAGUAAGAGAUCUGCUCCUUCUCCUCCUCCCCCCACUGGAAAAAAAGUCGCCUCGCUUCAAGAGAGGGGCUCUUAAAAUGAUCUGGCCAUCUUCAGCAUCCGUGCAUCCUCCAUUUAAAGAGGGCUGGGGAAAUAGCGAAUAAUAAAGGGUAGUUGGUACCAAUGAUUGCAUGCUUUGUGGUGCAAACUUGCAGGGAAGCCACCAUUUCUGAUCCAAACAUCUUGACCUUUCACUUCCAGAUACAACUUUGUGUUGGUGGGUGCUGUGAUGAUGAGGCAAAGGUCUUUGCUCUUAAGGCAAGGGUGGGACAGCUCUGAGUCCCGCAGAUGUGGUUGGGCCCCAACUCCUAUCAACCCCCUCCAGCAUGGUCAGUGGUCAGGGAUGAUGGAAGUUGCAGUCCAAGAGCAUCGUGGGGGAGGAACACAGGUUCCCCGGCACCUCGGUCAGAGGUACUUUCGCUUGUUGAUUUGCAUAAUCCCACCAUUAAAAAAAGAAAAGAAAGGUUGAGCCUUGGCAUAAAUAAAACAUGGUAUCCGAUACCACUCUUGGAGUAAUUUUUGUGUUUGUGUGUUUGUGUAAAACCUUUUUUCUGUUCAGAUGAGAGACGGAGACCCUGACAGACUAAAAACCAUUUACAUCAAUCGUGGGGAACCUUGGCUGUUUACCCCAGAUGUGGCUGAACUUCAACUCCCACCAUUCCUGGCCAUUGGCAAUGCUUGCUAGGGCGGAUGGGAGUUGUAGUACAAUUCUAUGAUUCUAUGGACAUUGGGUGGGCCAAGGGUUCCCCACACCUGAUUUACACACACCGCACACAAGAGGCACAUGUUUCUCAAUCCUUUUGGCAUAUGAGAAGCAGAAUGUGAGAGUCUGGCAGCAGCAUCCUAAUUGUACCUUGCAUGCCAGGCUGGGGCAAAUAUCUUAAUUUGGGCGAAGGUUAGGAGUUGCUCAAUCACACUGUCUGUCGGGCCAUGUCACUACCUUAUGCAUGACCUGAAAUGCACUCCAUCCCCUCUCGUUUCUUCUUCAAUUUGAUGCCAAUUUGAUGCUCUCCAGACUCUUUGGACUACAACUCCCAUCAGUCCCAGCUAGCACAGCUGUAGUCCGAAAUAUUUGGUGGGCACCUGGUUGGGCAAAGGUGUUGACUCAAAUGUGAAACUUACAUGUUGAGAAGUAGUAUACCUUUGAGUACUAGAUGCUGAGAACAGAGAGCAGGCCUUGCUUGUGAGGAAGGCAGUAUACUUUCAUGCCUUGCUGCUGAGUUUCCCAGAAGCCUCUCUUGCAGACAGAAUGCCAGAUUAGAUGGACUUUGGUCUGAUCCAGCAAGGCGAUUUGUACAGCACCUGAUCUUCCCCUGAAUAUUUUCUCGUAAAAAAAGAGAGAGAGAGAGAGAGCUUUAUAUAACAGGAACACAGGGGACCUGUCUGCUUGCAAACUGUAUUUACUAGAAACUCCUUGAUGGCAGAUGUACUCUGCACAUGCUCAAAGUGAAUGUUACUGUUGUGGCAUAUGUUGUUGUUGUUACUAUUUCAGUUUAUAGCCCACCCUUCCUCCCACCAGGGUAACAGAGCUGAGGCUGCUGGCAUUAAAAGCAGGUUCUUAAGGAGACCUAUGGGGAGACAACUGUAUUUUAAAUACACUCAAGAGACUUGGGUCUCUUAUUUAGUGAAAUGCUUUUAGCCAAUAAAUAAAACAAAACUAGCUACAGUAUUUGCGAGGGGAUGAAAAUGAGGAGGGUAACAAUUAAAGGCAAACACACACACACACUGCUUUUUAAAGCAUGACAUAUAAGACUAAGAAAAUAUUGAUACCCAUGUAUAGGUCACAUCCACAUGUAUUUAAAGCACCAGGAUUCCACUGCAACUGUCAUGGCUUCCCCCCAAAUAUUCCUGGGAACUAUUCCCCUCAGCACCCUGUUUUAAGGUGAAGAUGUGGCCAUAAAUGUGCAAUUAGCAAUAAAUUAGAAAACACUGUACAGUGGUACCUCGGGUUAAGUACUUAAUUCGUUCCGGAGGUCCAUACUUAACCUGAAACUGUUCUUAACCUGAAGCACCACUUUAGCUAAUGGGGCCUCCUGCUGCUGCCAUGCCGCCGGAGCACGAUUUCUGUUCUCAUCCUGAAGCAAAGUUCUUAACCUGAAGCACUAUUUCUGGGUUAGCAGAGUCUGUAACCUGAAGCGUAUGUAACCCGAGGUACCACUGUAAGCUAUAAGCCACCGGGCGGCAGCCCUACAGAGGGUGUUUUGUAGUGGCUGCGUUUUUGUGGCAGGCCUUCUUGGGCUAGGUGUUCCUGUGGGCAAGUGUGGGCCCGUUUUUCCCCCCCUCUCAGAGUUGGCCAAGUUGUGACUCAUAGGCCGGAAAUGGGGCCUCCUCCCCUGUGCACCCGAGAACCCUAGGGAAGAGGGUGGGGACGGGUGCCGUGCGAGAGCAAAGGGAGUGUGCCAUGAGGAGAAGGAGGGCCAGAAGUGUCUCAGCACCAUUGGCACAAUGCCCGCCCCCGUGCCCCAUAGCCAGAGAUUUUGUGGUGGGUCCAGGUGGUUGGGCCUAAAGUGUAGACACUCGGGGAAACGGGUGUAGCAAAACACAUCAUUCGCAAGAUCCGAAGGGCCGUAUCCAGCUAAAUUCCACUCAAGAGUAGACCUAUUGAAAAUAGGCUGAAGUUAGCCGGGUCUAUUCAUUUCAAUGUGUCUGCUCUGAGCAGGACUAAUGUUGGAUACAACCCAAGGUAUUUUUUUCAACGCACUAUAAUAUAUACCCAGUGUAAAUGCUUUCUGUCAGUUUUUCUAAUUUUCUUUUCUAGAAAGUUGUUAAAUAAAUAAAUAAAUAGUGACCACCUUCAUUAAAAAAUGGGCCAGCAUGUUUAAUUUAAAAGUUAUUUCAUUCCUCUUAAAUCACUUCAAUACAGUUCGGGAAAAAUAAGCACCAGUCUCUUGUAACACUUUGUAAAUCUUCUGAACGUAAGUUGUUUUAGCUUAUUUCAAUAUUGUAAUGGUACAUUGCUGUAACCUGCCCUAGGACCUUGUGCUGAAGGCCGGUUAAGAUAUAGUAUCUAAUAAUAUUAUGUUUAUUAUUAAUACUUGUAAUAGCAAUAGGCCCCAGAAUGCCAGAAGGCAGAAUCAAAUUUAACUUCUUUAUGAGUAAAUGAGAAGAUUAUGGCUCACACAGCUCACCCCCAUGCCUGGCCCUUCUAUCUCCAUUAAGUAAAAUAUGUGGACCUCAAUCCAACUAAAUUUGUGACGACUAGGGGUGGUGUCGCAUAAGUCCAUCCAUUGAAAUGAAUGGACCUCAGUCAUGUUAGUUAAUUUCAGUGGGUCUUUGAUUAGGACCAACACAACAUUGGAUCCAGUCCUAAGCUUGCAGUCUUUCUGCACUUACCUGGGAGUAAGUCCCAUUGAACUCAGCAGGGCUUUCCUUCGAGUAGACAUGUACUGUAUAGGUUUAUGAUGUGGAUCCCACUGAAAGCAACGAGGUUGGCAAUGAACUUGUUCCAUUAGUUUCAAUGGGAAUCAAAUUGUGACCAGUGUUAGUUGGACUGGGGUCUUAGGCUGCAGUCCUAACCCCACUUACCUGGGAGUGCACCCCACUGAAUUGAAUAGGACUUACUUCUGAGUAGACAAGGUUAGGUUUGCACUGUUACUCUUUAUCCUUUUCAUUUUUAAUGGAAAGCUGGAAAGUCAGGAAAGGGGUCUUGGAGGUCUCCCUGAUGUUCAGCCUCUCCUUCCACACACACCCAGUUCUACCUUGUUCUUCCCACCUGAAAAGUGUAUGUUUUUGAAUUUUCCCUCAACAGCAAACUUGACAGGCCAUGAGGAGAAAGUUGGCAUGGAGAAUUUUGAACUACUCAAGGUCCUGGGCACCGGAGGUGAGUCGAAAGCAGCUCUAUCAUAGAAUCUAUUUUAUUUGGGGGAGGUAAUACGGCACACAAAUGCAUAACAAUUAAUAAGAAAACCAAAGUUGUAAAGCAGAAGUUGGAAAACAGUGUAGCAAAAAUAUAUUUUGAUGCCUGACAGAGAGCUUGAAACGAAAGAUGGCAUACGUUUAGGCUCAGUUUUCUAAAGUGGUCAGAAACUGAAGGUGGAAAAAUGAAAUUCUUUGGAGUUGCUUGCUGAUAUUCUUCAAGGCAGGGACGGGGAACCUUUUUAAACUCAAGGGCCAUAUUCCUUUCUGGGCAACCUUCUGAGGGCCAUAUGUGGGGUGGGUGGGUCAGCAGAUGUAAAUAUUAUGUUUGUACAUUAGGCUAGUUUCUGCACUCAUCCACCCUCUUUACCCUUCAUCCUGAAUAGUAGAAGGCAUUUUCGGAGUUCAAGAGCACAUUCCAGCCAUGCAAAAACAUGUGGGGGGAAUUGGGGGGAGGUCAGUGAGGGGUGUGACCUGGGGGGUAGUUCUGGAAGGCCAUACUCAACCUCUGAGCCUGAGAAUUCCCCACCCCUUUUCUAAAGCAAUAUCAUUGAGUUAAGCAUGCUUUCGCCAUAUGGACCUGCUUCCUUGCUGAGGUCUAACAAUGGCUAUUCAUCAUGAUACCUAAACAGAGCUCUCAUGUGCAAGAGCACUGUACCUCUGAAUACCCGAUGCUGGGAACAUAACAACAGGAAAAAGCUAUUUGUUGCUUCAGCUUGUGUUUGGACUUCUUUGGAGCAUCUGAUGGGCCACUAUGGGAAAGAGGAUGCUGGAGUAGAUGGGUCUUGGAUCUGAUCUGGCAGAGCUGUUUUGUUCUUAUGCAGGGUCUGCGCUGGGUGUCCCCAUCAUCAGAGACAGGGCCUUCUCAGUGGUGGCACCCAGGUUUAUGGAAUCCUUCCCCCCAGUAUGUUCAUCUGGAACUCAUAUUUCUCUCCAUUCAGUGGCAAAUUUAAACAGUUCAAUUCUGUCAGGCAUUUGAGGAAAAAUAAGUUUGAAGCCUUCUAAGGACACUGCUUUGCUCCUGCCUUAUUUGAUGUUCCUGUCUUAUAAUUAUAAUUAUAAUUUUAUUUAUUUAUUUAUUUAUUUAUUUAUUUAAAUAAUAUUGUGCUGUUUUUGUUAGCUGCCUUGAAUACUUUUGACAGAAAGGCACAGUGUAAAUACUUUAAAGACAUUCAUCAAAUGACACAAAUCAAAUGCUUUCCACACGCUGCAAUUAAAAGAAGCAAUGAAACUAAGAAUAUGGGAAAUAGAGGCAGCCACUGGGUAGGAGUGGGGAACCUUAGACCUCCAAGAUAAAUGGAUUGGGACCUAAUGCCAUCAGGGGUUUUUAUGCACUACUGCUAAUGCGAUCUGCACCUGAAGAGUGAAACUGGUGUCAUGCAGCUGAUGGAGGCUGGUAGAACUGUUUUAGGCUGGAUGGAGAAAGACCUCCACCCCAUCUCGCACCCCACCCCAGCCAGCAGGAGAGACCAGAGAUUUAGAUUGCAGCCUAUUACAACAAAGGCCGUGUGUGUGUGUGUGUGUGUGUGUGUGUGUGUUUUUAAAAGGCCUUUCCCCUAAUGCCCACAAGAUAGCAGGCGUAGGGGUUGAGUAAGGGGGCUGCAGUUCUGAGGAUAGCCAUCCUAACCCAUCUGCCAUUUCAACUCCAGCCUAUGGAAAGGUGUUCCUGGUUCGCAAGCUCAGCGGUCACGAUGCCGGCAAGCUGUAUGCUAUGAAGGUGCUGCGCAAAGCGGCCAUUGUGACCAAGGCCAAAACAACAGAGCACACGCGCACCGAGCGGAUGGUUCUGGAACAUGUGCGCCAGUCGCCCUUCCUUGUGACGCUCCACUACGCCUUCCAAACAGACUCCAAGCUUCACCUUAUCCUAGGUAUGAGCAUCGUGGGGGUGCAAACCGGGGGGGACGGACGGACAUGGAACUGGGAGGAUAGAUGAGGGGAGGCAAUGAUUCUGUUUCAAAUACAGUGGUGCCCCGCAAGACGAAUGCCUCGCAAGACGGAAAAACCGCUAGACGAAAGGGUUUUCCGUUUUGAAGUUGCUUCGCAGGACGAAUUCCCCUAUGGGCUUGCUUCGCAAGACGAAGCGAGUCUUGAGAUUUUUUUUUCGCUUUCCCCCCCCUUUAUCUAAUCUGCUAAGCCUUUAAUAGCCUUUAAUAGCCUUUUAGCAGCUAAUCCCCUAAGCCUUUAAGCCUUUAAUAGCCGCUAAACCGCUAAUAGCGCUAAUAGCGCUAAUCCGUCAAUGGGCUUGCUUCGCAAGACGAAAAAACCGCUAGACGAAGACUCUCGUGGAACGGAUUAAUUUCGUCUUGCGAGGCACCACUGUAAUAUUUGUUAUGGUUUUACUUAUGUAUUUAUUUUGCGGUUUUGUAUGCUGGUUUUCAGUGGGGUGGAAUGACCACACAGUGGUUUAUACUUAUUAUUGUUAUUACUACUACUACUACUUCUGCUGCUAAAUGCAGUGGUUCCCAAUUAGCUAAGUACUGCAGACCCACUGUUUUUCAAAAGCCAAGCCGUGGACCCCAAAAUUUUGAAAACUUUGAUAUCUCUAUGGUAGUUUUUGUUAUAUGAAUGGUGCCACGGACCCCUUGGGUGGGUUGUGUGGACCCCUUGGGGUCCACGGACCACCAAUUGGGAACCACUGAUGUAAUGUAUUUAUAUCCCUCUUUUCUCCUAAACUGGGACUCAUCAAAAUUAAGCAUGGCAAUAGGAACAAAACAAACCCCAAAUAAGAAUACAAUUAAAAUCCCAGCAAUGCAAUAAUAACAAUCAGCAUAAAACACAGAAGAACUAGAGGUUGGAGGGUGGGGAAGUAAAAUUAAAAUAAACAUGGUCUCUGAAAGGUUGGGGGGGAAUAAAUAUUUGUUUUAAUCAUCUGUAUAUCACUUUUUGUAUACAACCUCUCUAAUGAAUUUGACAAUUUGUUUAAAAGACAACAAUCAUAUAAAUUUCGGGGGGGGGAGCUCUUUAUUCAUAAAGACAAAAUAACAUCAGUAAUAAUGAAUACAUUAAAACAGAAGGAGAUGGCAAUGGCAGAACAUUGGAAAAAAAGUCAGGGAAAGUCUUUAGUCCAGAAACUGAACACCCCCCAAAGCCUGGGUGAAUUUAAAAUGAAGGCUUCCCCCUGGUACAAAAAAAGAUAACAAAGAGGAUGUUGCAAGUGAGUUCCAAAGGCGGAUCAUAACAUUCCUCAUCUCAGAUGAUGUAGAGACCCCUAGAAAGGCCUAUGAGGAAUAAAUAAAUAACACUGCAGUUUCAUUUGGAAAAAGGCUGUCCUUGAGGUAUCCUGGUCCUAAGUCAUCUUGAACAGGAAUUCCUAACCAUUUUUGGUCAUGAACCCCUUUGAGAAUCUGUUGAAAGCCAUGAAUCAGGAAGAGGGCAUAAUAUUUUGAAGGUGGGGGGUCGGGGGAUUGUUUUCAGGUUGGACCCUGGGAAUUAAUUAACCUUUUUGCCUCCCUCUUCCCUUCUAGACUAUGUGAGCGGUGGGGAGCUGUUCACCCACUUGUACCAACGGGACCACUUCUCCGAAGACGAGGUGCGGUUUUACAGUGGGGAGAUCAUUUUGGCGCUAGAACACUUGCAUAAGGUGAGAAGUGGGAAGGGAGGGAGGUGUGACCAAACCAGGCAGGGUUGUGCUGUUAGUAUAAUUGCAUGAAUGCUCUUCAAAAAGUAAAUAACACAGCUGGAUUGGGAAUGAAGGGCUUUGCCCCACUGCCAUCCUCAUCCAGAUUCCCUCCAUUUCAGGAGCGAUACUCCUAGUGGCAACAGCUGUGCCUGAUGCAAACAGCAGUCACAGAAGGGCCCCAGGGACUCCACCAGGCUGGAAGCAGUUAUCUUAUGCAGACAAAGAAGCCAUUGUGAUUGGUGCUCAGUUAUCAGAGGCAGUGUGCAUCUGUAUACCUGCCACAAAUAGGGAGUGUGCUGUUGCCUUCAGUUUCUGUCUGUGACUUUCCCAUUGUGGCAUCUGGUUGGCCAGUGUGAGAUGGGCUGGGACAGGGAUGUGCACCAGAUACUGCAGGAUAGGUGGGCUCUGAUCACAGAACCGGAUCCAUCCCACAGAUUGUGGGUUAUUGGCAAAGGAUCACCUACCACAGGGCAAGAGCAGCCUAGCCACCUUAAGCUCCCAGAAGAAAACCUGCUAGGCAAAUGUCUUUUGACAAAAUGAUAAGUUCACCAACAAGAAAGCAAGGAAGAAGUUGUUCAAGAAGGCUAGCAGUUUAACGAUAUAUGCUUCAUUAGUUAUUGAAUAAUACAGCAUAGUUUGCUUGAACUUUGCAAUUGUUUGAUCAUCUGUACUCUUAAUUGUAGUUUUUUUGUUUUUUGUUUUUUUUGCAAAUAAUGCUUAUAAGAUGCUGUGAUGAUUCAUAACUUCCUGAGAUCUGUAAGAUAUUUUGUUUGCAUUCCAGUAAAGUAAGUUUGGUAAAGUAGAUGCUUUAAUAAACAUGAAUGUCGAUUCAAAAGAUAGGCAAAUGGUUUACAGCUAUUUGUGAGUAUAUCUUAGCUGAGUACCAAAUUAUAUAAUUAUAUAUAGGACACCCGAUCACAGUGAUCACAGGUGGGUAAGUAGUAGGAGUUACGCUAGGACCAGACCAUGUCAUUACCGAGGAGUAAGGUUUAGUCAUUGUUUGGAUACAUAGGCUCCCAGUACGUUUCCAAGCACAAUUCAAAGUGUUGGUGCCAACCUUUAAAGCCCUAAACGGCCUCGGCCCAGUAUACCUGAAGUAGCAUCUCCACUCAUAUCAUUCAGCCCGGACACUGAGGUCCAGCUCUGAGGGCCUUCUGGCGGCUCCCUCACUGCAAUAAGUGAUGUUACAAGGAACCAGGUAGAGGGCCUUCUCUGUUGUGGCACCUGCCCUGUGGAACGCCCUCCCAUCAGAUGUCAAGGAAAUAAACAACUACAAGAAACAUCUGAAGGCAGCCCUGUAUCGGGAAAUCUUUAAUGUCAAACGUUUUACAAUUUUUUAUUCGCUGUAAGCUGCCCAGAGUGGCUGGGGAAACUCAGCCAGAUGGGUGGGGUACAAAAAUAAUGAUGAUGAUGAUGAUGAUGAUAAUAAUAAUAAUAAUAAUAAUAAUAAUGUCUAGUGUGGAUAUGAAAGCGACAGAGGCUGGUCUAUCAAGGCAGUGGAGCCACCAACCUCAGUCUGCCCCUCAGCCAGUCCUCAUCUGCCUGCUUUCUUACUUAUAUCCAGCCUGGUGGGUAGCAUUGCUUGUCAGCUUCCUUCCUCCUCCUCCUGUUGCCCCUAGUAGAACUCAGCAAGGAGGGGGAGGAGAGGCAAAAAACUGGAAUGAGUUGGCUUUGCCUGCCAUUGGCUCUGGCUCCUCCUCCUACUGGGCUCCUUGCCUUCCCAAUGGGCAGCAGCCACCAGGGUCUUAAAGGCUUCCCACCUGAGACCCUGAAGAUCUGUUACCAGUCAGAGUAAAUUCACAGUGAACCAAAUGGACAAAUAACCUGACCAUAUAAGGCAGUUUUUCAUUUCAGAGAGCAUCUUCACUUCUUACUCUUCUCAAACUCAAGGCCACAGCUAUUGCUCCUCCCCACUUCUUUCCUUUUCUCUCUUAGAUCAAUAGCUUUGCCUCUCUCCACCUACCUGCUAAUCAAAACUACAGAUUGGACAGGGGAAUUUGCAGCCCUGGGCCUAACUUAAUUUGGCCCUCAAGAGUUCGGAUGGCCACUUGCCAUGUAUGUUCUAGUUGAGAGUCCUGCAUUGCAGGGGGUUGGACUAGAUGACCCUCAGGGGUCCCUUCCAACUCUACAGUUCCAUGAUUCUAUGAAAUGAAGGAAAGGAGUUGGCAUAGAGAGAAAGAAAAAGGUGGGGCAGGAAGGAGAGAGAGAAAAGGAGCAUUGCCCACCCUCUUUUCACUCUGCCCUCUGCCCAUUAGCUGUAUGUGCACCCCUGACAAAUUAUGUCCCAAGGGCAUGCAACUCUUAACAAAGAGGCUCCUCACCUUAGAUUGUAAAUUGCUGGGGACAGGGAUUUGCAUUUAUUUUGUUUGUAUUACUCUGCAAAGAUCCGUCAAAUAUUCUGCACAAUGGACCUGACACUGCACUCAGAGGCGUGAUCUCAUGAAGCUUGAGAUUAUUUGGCCUGUAAACUAUUGCAACAAGAAGUUUCACUGGAUCAAAUGGGUUGCCGCCAGUGCCAUUCCUGCUCAGAGUAGACCCACUGAAAAUAAUGGCCAUGACUAACUGAGUUGGCUACAACCCAAUACAUUAGUAAAUGCAUAUGAGGCUGUUAGAAAUACUAAUAUUUCGGCAAUAUAUUUCAACUGUUCGUAGUCUAUUCUUUUUUUAAAAUUUGAUUGAAUAGGCUUUAUUAUAUGUUUGAGGAUGUGCUGUAUUAAAGUGAGUGGAUUAGAGUAGAUCUGCGUGCAUCAUAAGGUCAGCUCUGCAUGAGCUAUUCUGCAGAGAGCUAUGAUGUUCUUUAAAAUAAUAAUGUGAGACAGUACAGUAUAACAACAAUGAUAAUACCAUUAUUAUUGUCAUGUGUGUGGGAGGCCUCAACUCAGGUAGCGUCAAUGCUGUGUAAAUGGAACAGAACUUGGGGCCUUUCUAAUUCAAAGACCUUGAACUUAUUAUUUAAAUAUAUUCCGAGGCAAACUCAUGGAGGAUUGCGGGUAUGUCUGUCUUGAGAGACAAUGGAGUGCACCUCCGGGGGUGAAGUCUAAAUGCUGUGUUUGAAGCACAGAAGUAACCUCUCCAGGGUGCAAACCUGCCUGGACGACAAGACCCUCCUCUCGGACUCAUUGAUGUGGUCCGAGGGAGAGCAGAGCAAUAUGUUUGGCAUCAGCUUGGCUACAGGAGUUGCUGGAAGGCACCAUCCAAUCGUCUUAGGGACUCCAGAUUUCUGUAGGGUUUUCUUCUUAGCCUUUUCUUCUCCCAAAGAUAUCCUGCAAGGCAGCGGAAGUUUAGAAUCAGAGUUUUCCUUCUCCUAGAUGGGCUACCUUCCCAGAUUGAUGAACGCCAUCUGCCCCUAACUUCCCUCUACAUCAUGUGCAAAAACCACCUUCUUAACUGUUGGACCCAACUACAGUCAUACCUCAUGUUGCGUUAGGUUCAUGUUGCGUCUUUUUGGCUUGUGAAUGCGGCAAACCCAGAAGUGUAUACUCCCGGUUUCGCCGCAUUUGCAGAAGCGUUCUGCGUGCUUUGCACAUGCACAGAAGCACUCUGUUGCGCUCUGCACUUGCGCAGAAGUGCUGCUCUAGUUGCGGACUUUUCACACCCCAGAACGGAUCAUGUCCACAACUAGAGGUACCACUGUACUGCUCUCAACUGCUCAAUCCUCCAGAGGCUGUCUUCACAUGCAAGGGAAGUCCCUAACUCACUCAGGGUUUAAGACCCAUUGGCUACCCUCACCUGGUUUAGCCGGCCAGUCGAAGCUGUUCCAGGGUGUGGCUGUUGUUGCAUGCUGACAGCUUCUAGAAGCCACAGGUGAGAGCUGAGUGCAGGGUGAGGACCAAAGGUGGACAAACUGCCCCAGAAAGAGCAUGAUGUGCGUCCCCCACCAGAGGCAUUACCCCUCCCCUAACACCCCUUACACCCCUCAUGGAGGGUAGCAUUUCCUUCAAGAGCUAAGAAGCAGAUCAUGCCAAACCUUUGCAACAAAUAUUGUGUGUAUGUAAGGAGUGAAACACUUCUGAGCUCAGUUUUGCUAUGUUGCACUUCCACAGUUGGAGGCAGUGUGCAUCUGAAUAUUAGUUGCUGGGAAUCGAUCACAAGUGGGGAAAGAGUGCUGUUGCACUCAGAUCCUGCUUGCAUGCUUCUUCGUUAGGGCUGAGCAAUUUCUGGUGUUCAACAUUGCGAUAUAUCUAGCAAUGAUCAUUGAGAUGGAAGGUUGUAAAGCAGGAAGCCAGCUUAGCCCGGAUCUCUGAAUUUGCACACUAAACUUUUCAACACUGACCCUUUCUUGUCCGUAGCUCGGCAUCAUCUACCGCGAUGUGAAGCUGGAGAACAUCUUACUGGACAGCGAGGGACAUGUGGUGCUUACGGACUUCGGGCUGAGCAAGGAAUUUGUGACUGAGGAUGUGAGUCUUGUUCCCCCUGGCUCUGCAUCUUCCUUUCCUCAUCCCAAGAGAUUUAUCAAUGUGAAGGCCUAUGAAAUAGGUCAAGAUCUAGGGAGCCAUGGAAUUGUGGGUUGACAGUUAAGAGCAGCCUUCACUAACCAGAUAUUUUGGGCUGCAACUCAGCCCAGCUAGCACAGCCAUGAUGCUUUAGAGCAGGCAUGGCCAAACUUGGCACUCGAGCUGUUUUGGGACUACAACUCCCAUCACCCCUAGCUAACAGGACCAGUGGUCAGGGAUUAUGGGAAUUGUAGUCCCAAAAUAUCUGGAGGGCCAAGUUUGGCCAUGCCUGGUUUAGAGGGUUAAAGCCAGCUGUCAUUGGAGAACAAGCUGCAAUCAGCACAUGUCAUCCUCAAGCUGGAAUUAUUAUUUUUUUGCGUUGAUGUGGUAGGAAGCUUAGGAAUAUAUUGGGGGGAAGGUUCCCAAGUCAAGGCAAAAGGGGGGGACUAAACAAAAACAUUUUAAUAAAAGUAAAUUUACAUAGCAGAAUAUGCACAAAUUAUUUAACCUGCGUGAGCAUCCACUCAUACACACACACACACACACACACACACACACACAAACCUACCUCUGAACCUACAGUGUGAGGUUAGAACCAUACAGCUGCAUAUUCACCAUACAUUUAAAGCACAUUUAAAGCACAUUGGAGGUUUUCUUGCAAUCAAAGCAGUAGAUACGGUCUAUUUAUUAAAGAAAGAAAACAAGAAAGCAUGGCUUUCCCCAAAGAUUCCUGGGAACUGUAGUUUACCCACACACAGAGAGCUGCAAUUCCUAGCACUUUAUGAAACUACAGUUCCCAGAAUUCGGGGGGCGUGUCAUGUGUUUUCAGUGUAUGGUGUGUAGACCUCCCGGACUGACUGCGGACAGCCUUGCUUUCUUGCCCCUAUUCCUGGUGUGUUGUUAGAAUUGUGUGAGCAAUGAGCUGCUCGUGUUGUCAUUCCUCAGGGUCCAGUUCCCUCCCCAGCAUCUCAGAAAUCAAACCUCUGAGUGUGUGUGCGCGCGCAGAGGGUGGGUUGAUGGGAAAGGAGAUGGAUUCCUUUUGUCUCUGGCUCACAUGUAGGUCGGCACACGUGCAUGGAGCCUAAGGCACCAUGGUGUGCGCAGCCUGCCUAUUUCACACACUGCAGCUGCCAAGCUAUAUUUGGAACUGUUGAUACCAUUGCAGAGGACAGUUGUGUUUUUGAAUCUUUAUCGGAAAAAAGAAGCAUCUGCCUCUUGGCUUUUGGGUCAGUGCUACUGCAGAGUAAAUGAAGGCUGCGUACACACCGUACGUUUAAAGCGCCUGCCUUUCCCCCAAAUAAUCCUGGGGACUGUAAUUUGUCCUGCACAGAACUACAAUCUCCCUUGAAAACUACAGUUCCCAUGAUUCUUUGGAGGAAGCCGUGCGCUUUAAAUAUCCUUUAAAUGUAUGGUGUGUGCACAGCUAAAGACAGCAUACAGCCUAGGAAUGAAGAGCCUUCAACAGUGUAUAUUGGGGUGUGUACGUAGGUGAAAAGAUGGGCUCAUAAAGUGAUCCUUGAGGGUUGAUGCAAGCGCAUUUCUAUUUUCUUUGGUGCCGCAUAAUCUCCUGUUCAUAUAAACUCAGUCCUCUGAGAUGGAUCACAUUGCCAACUGACCAGAAAAACAGAAAACAGCCCUGCUCUUAUGGCUUUAACAGCUGUGUGCUGUUUCCAACAUUGGCAGGUGAAGCUUUCACGGUGGAGACAUCAGCCUUGUCACCUGCUCAUAAAAGUGGUGCUAAAAGCACAGCAGGAGCACCUAGCUUUAAAAAUUGGGAGACUCAGGAAGGGUAGGCCCCCAUUCUGAUUUGGAGUUGGAUAUGUUCAGUGUUCCCCUUCCCUCUGACUCUCUGUACCUUUCUCUCCCUCUCUUGUCGUCCGCUCUCCACCACUACAGAAAGAACGGACCUUCUCCUUUUGUGGCACCAUUGAAUACAUGGCCCCAGAGAUUGUCCGAAGCAAAAGUGGACACGGCAAGGUGAGUUGUGUGGCGUAGAUGGGGGAGGGGUUGGAAACUGGGGCAAUCAUUCUGACAGUGCAAAUCUGGAAGGCAAAGAAAAGGAAAGCGGCUAAUUUCAUAUCUCAAAAAUACGGUUACACCCACCUCACUCAUCCACAGGCUGAUUAGGAACAGAGAUAGGGUGGAAUCCAAGAGGUCAAGGGCAGCGCCAGUGUGGAACCCACUGAAUUAUGGGUUGGGCAAGGCAAAUCUGACAGGUUAGGAUGGAGCCAGGAUAGAACCUAGUUGGGUUCUAGGCAAAGCCUUGCAGACUCUGGCAGGUCAGGGAACAGAUCAUUAUUUGCAAGGAAAUCCGGAAAUGAAUACAAAAGACUUUGCAUGAAAAUAUGUGUGGGCAAGCUCUGGUCCUCCGAAUGUUGCUGAACUACAAUUCCCACCAGUUCCAGCAACAUCUGGAGGGCCAGAGGUUUCCCCACACCUGCAUUAGGAGGAGGGUGGACCUUAUUUUUCCAAGGGAAAUUCAACAAGCUAAGUACAUAGAACCAACUGACCAGAGCUUCAUUUGUAAACAGCAUGUCAGACAGAAAUUGCUGUGGAAGUUGUACCAUAUAGUAAUUAAGCAGUGUAUGCACACAAGAAAGAAAGAAAGAAAGAAAGAAAGAAAGGCAAGUUGCAAAAGGAGUGGGGUUAGUUUAAGAAAGACAGGGUUCUGGUAAUGACGGGGCUUCAUGGCAGAAAUUUUAAUUAUUUGUAUGCUGUUUGCAAUCUGGAAAUUGGAGAGUCUCAACUUAAACAAAAAACAAGAUAGUCAUAUUGGUCUGUAAGGGGGGGGGGCAAAUACCACCAAAGUGUACAGUUUGGUCAUGCCUUUAUGGAAUUAGCUUUAACCCGUUCCUUCCUCCCACCCACCCCUGCUCCCAAUUUAGCAAUCCUAGUAGUCCCUCCCAGCAAGGCGUGGAAACUGGCAUGUUUCAUUUCCUCUCCAAUUCUUGCAAACCGUGGUUGCUUUCUUGCUCGCUUCUGCUAGCUCCAAGCAAGGCACCAGUGGCUUACAAAGCAAGCAGUUGUGAGUUCAAAUCCCCCUUGUUCUUCAUUUUGUUCAGUCUUUUGUACUGCAGAGGCCACUUAGAAUUGAAACACCUACAAUGAGCCUUCUUGAUGAAAAUUGUAGUUCAGGGGUUAGGUCCCUAGGCCUCCCCCAUCCCCGUGAGUUUGAAUCCCUAUUUAAUGUUGAAUGGCUUUCUUUCUGGUCAAGGAAGCCCGCUGAACACCCUUCUAAGCAAAGCCUUCAGCCAGUUCCCAAGAGUGAGAACUUACCCCAAAAGUAAGAACAAGAAGUUCUGUUUGUGCUUGGCUGCAUUUUCGUUUUUGUUUGGAAACUGCAGACUCUAGAUUCUCAAAUGGUAUUCUAGGGAGACACUCGUAUCCCUUUAAAAGUUGGCUCUGAGCCUUCUUGGCAAAGUAAGCUGACUGUAGAACCAAACAGUUACACGUCCAAAUCCCCUCUUUGUUGACUUCAUCUCUUAACUUGGAAAAUCUUAUUUUUCCUGGAGCCCCUGAAUUGGGGGGAGGGGGGCUGAUGGGAACUGAAGACCCACAACAUUUGGGGGGGGGGAAGGUUCCCCACCUCUGCCCUAGACCAUGCAAGACCUACUGUUCAGCAGCUGCUUUAGGCCAUUUCUGAAAAGUUCAAGUCCCAACAGGUGACUUUCAUUUCUGUUUUUCUUUUUUUGCACCCGAGGCCACCCAGAAUGGAAACUUUUAAGAAUGACUUUCUGAUGCACAUUUCCCAACAGUUGUUGUCUUCAAGAGCCAGCUGUUGAGAGUUCAAAUCCCUUGGAUAGCUUAAACUCACUCUCUCUUCUUUCUGUUGAAGCAGGAGUGGGGAGCUGUUCUGACCUAGCGGGCCAGAUAUUUACCCCUGUGGGCCAACUUCAGCAAGUGAACAGAGCCACCCAACUGCCACACAUCUGCCGCUAGGUGACUGGUGGUCUCACCCACCUGUCAAAGUUGACCCAUGUGGGGGGAGGGGUCUGCUUUGCCUUCACGUUCCCCACAGAAAACAAACUGACAAAGCAGCUCCAGUUUAAUCCUAUUCUCUGCAGGGAUCUGCUUUGCCAAUGCACUUGCCAUGGGAAUACACUCAUGAAGCAGCGACCAGCAGGAUUGAACCCCACCCAUCAGUUGACACCAACCGCGGGUGUCAGCUGAUUGAGAGGGGGUCAUGGUUUCGAGAAAGUCGCCUUACAAGCCAAACUGAAUCUCCUAGCAGACCAAGAUUCACCCCCAGGCUGGAGAAUUCCCACCCCUGUUGUGGAGCCAGCUUGGGGUUGUAGCUUCUAGGACCUUUGUCCAGGAUGCAGUUUGUAAGUGCCCUUAGUCCCGCAGGCAAAGCCAUUGCCCUAUAGAGUCUGUUAUUAUGGGUCCACAUCCUACUUGUAAGAUUGGGUGCAUCUGUCUUUUUGUUCAAAAAGGCUGCUUGAAACUUGAGCCUCAAGAAGGACUUCUGCAGGUCUUUGCUAAUCCGUUGGAAUAGCCCAGUGAGGAAGAGAGGUGGGCUGGGGAGCCAACAGGUGGGAGUUCAAGGCCCAACAGGUUGUCUUAAUUUUAAUUUUAAUCUAAUUUCUUUUUUGACUUCUUGGGAUUUGGAGCAUCUGCAGAUCUGUACACACACACACACACACACACACACACACACAUUUGUGUGUGCUUAUUUGAAUGUGGCGGAAAUUGUUUGCCAUUAAAGAUUUGAUAAAAUAACAGUUGACAAAUAAGCAGGUCAUGUAAGUGAUUUAUAGUGGUACCUCAGGUUACAUAUGCUUCAGGUUACAUACGCUUCAGGUUACAGACUCCGCUAACCCAGAAAUAUUGCUUCAGGUUAAGAACUUUGCUUCAGGAUGAGAACAGAAAUCGUGCUCUGGUGGUGCAGCAACAGCAAGAGACCCCAUUAGCUAAAGUGGUGCUUCAGGUUAAGAACAGUUUCAGGUUAAGAACAGACCUCCGGAACGAAUUAAAUACCGUAUUUUUCGCUUUAUAACACGCACCAGACCAUAACACGCACAUAGUUUUUAGAGGAAGAAAAUCCGUAAGCAUGCCACCCGUAGGCAUUCCCUCCAUAACACGCACAGACAUUUCCCCUUACUUUUUAGGAGGAAAAAAGUGAGUGUUAUGGUGCAAAAAAUACGGUACUUAACCCGAGGUACCACUGUAUAUGCUUUGUCCAUAUUUAAGUUUAAAAAUCAACAACGCACUAGGGGUGUGGGUAGGGGAAGAUAAAGGUUUGUUGGACAGCAUUCAAUUCCUAUGUCUAAGGAUUGGACGCCAGCAGAUUUACAGAGCAAAAGUACCAUGCAAGGGAUUUUAAAACUUGCAGCUGCUGGCUUUGCAGCCGAAGUCCUUAUCCAGCAUAGGCGCUCUCAGCUGCUGGAAACGCCUCCUCCAUUCCAGAGGCCCCAAUUCGAGACAAGCAUGCCUUGAUAAAAGGCAGCACAGAAAUAAAGUCAAGAAUGGGGGUAUCUGACUCUUAAGAAUCCUACCAAUGGACAGCCACUCAUCUCUCCCAACUGCUAUGCCCACCUUACUCAAGUUUCCUGGGCAAACUGUUCAGAAAGAUCAUUUUAGAGGCAAGAAGGAAUUAAAGAAAGAAUUAAAGGGCAUAAAGUAUUUGAACUUGUUAGCUGUGGGCAGUGCAGUCAGCUGCUUUAAUCCGCUAGGGUAUCCACCUCAUAGGAAAAGCCAAAAAUCACCUGUAUGGACAGUAGUGCCCUCUCCAAAUGCCCAUUUAUCUCCAUGGAUUUACAAUGCAAACUUAUAUUGUACUUAUGCCACUUUAAUGCAGAGCACGGAUGGAGAACCUGCAGCCUAGCAGAUGUCAUUGGACUACAACUCCCAUCAUCCUUCACUGUGCUGACAGGGGUUGAUGGGAGGAGGAGUCCAACACCUCCAACAGAUUUCCCCCAUCCCUGAUAUAGAGCAUUGUUUUACUGGCUUGACCCAUGUGGCUUAAUUGACAAAUCUAGGGGUUGGGUAUUGGGAUUGUUUCUUAGGGUACAUCUACCCUGUACCUUUGAAGCAAACUUGUACCGCUUUCACAGUCAUGGCUUCCCCCAAAGAAUCCUGGGAACUGUGUCUUGUCACAGAACUACAACUCCCAGCACCAUUCACAAUACAGUGGUACCUCAGGUUACAUACGCUUCAGGUUACAUACGCUUCAGGUUACAGACUCCGCUAACCCAGAAAUAGUGCUUCAGGUUAAGAACUUUCCUUCAGGCUGAGAGCAGAAAACAGGCUCUGGCGGCGCGGCAGCAGCAGGAGGCCCCAUUAGCUAAAGUGGUGCUUCAGGUUAAGAACAGUUUCAGGUUAAGAACAGACCUCCGGAACAAAUUAAGUACUUAACCCGAGGUACCACUGUACAGUUUCCAGGGAUAGCAAUGCAUGGUGUAGACGUGACCUUAGAGGUAAAAGGACAAUGAAACCUUGACAUGUUCAAUAGGAAGGGAAGGGGGGGAAAGGAUAUGUGUUGUUGCCGCUGCCAGCCCGUGUUGUUACCCCAUAUGCUUUUUGCUCCUUUCUUGUAGUCUGUGGACUGGUGGAGUUUGGGCAUCCUGAUGUUUGAGCUGCUAACAGGUGCCUCACCCUUCACGCUGGAGGGGGAAAAGAACUCGCAGGCCGAGGUGUCCAGGUGAGGCGGGCGUGGGAUUUGGGGCUGAUUAAGGAAAACAGGGUCUUGGGGGGCAGGAUGGACUGACUCUACUGGAGAAACAAGGGCUGCUGGGUAACGUGCAAAUGAUUGGUGUGAACUGCCAGGGCUGCUGGGUAACAGAGGGGAGUUUGCUUGGGCUGAUGGGUAAUGGAUUAGCGUCAGAAGUGUGAGUUGAUGGAUAUUGUGAGAGAGCAGACACAGGCAGAAGCUGAUGGGUAGCAGGAAAAGAUUUAGUGGGAGACGCCAAAAUUGAUAGGGCAAAAGGAGGGGGUUGACAUGAGUAGCAGGGCCUGGACUGUGAUUGGAUGGGGCUUACCAAGAGUGGCAGGAGCUGAUUGGUGGGUCAAGGGCUAAAACAGAGGUCACCAAUAUGGCACCCUCCAUCAACUACAACUCACAUCAUCCCUGACCAAUGGCUACGUUUGCUGGGGUAGAUGGGAGUUGGAGUUCAGUAGUAUCUGGGCGGCACCUCAUUGGCUAGCCCUAGCUAAAGAGAACAAGACAUAAAAAACUUAAUAACAGUCCUGCUGGAUCGUGUUGUGGGGACGACUCUUUUUGAGUGUUACUAUAGUAUGUAUUGCGUUUUUAUAAUGUGAACUGCCCUGUGAUCCUCGGACAAAGAACGGCAUAGAAAUGUAACUGAUGAUGGUGAUAUUCUGAUCAAAAUUCCAUCUAGCCCAGCCUCCUGCUUCCCCAGUGGCCAACCAGAUGUGGCUGGGAAGCCCACAAGCGGGACAGGAAGCCAAUUGCCCAAUCUCAUUGUUUGUCCUGUGAUUACCUCUCGCUUUCACUGUCAUCCCGGCUCUGAACCUGCAGGGAGCCUAUGGCCAUCGUGGCUGAUAGGCAUGGGUAGCCUUAUCCUCCAUAAAUUUAUUUGUAAGAGAAAGGUGGAGUAAGACAAAGUGUGUGUGUGUGUGUGUGUGGCUUGAUGGAUUUAGGGCAAGACUUUUCCCGAUGACGAGUUUGUGCUUGGUUUCCAGGCGGAUCCUGAAAUGCAACCCUCCGUUCCCGUCGCUCAUUGGCCCCGUGGCUCGCGACCUGCUCCAAAAGCUGUUGUGCAAGGAGCCCAAGAAGCGCCUGGGCUCAGGGCCCACUGGAGCGCAGGAGAUCAAAGAGCACCCCUUUUUCAAGGUGAGGUCCUGCACCCGAGCUGCAAAGUGCACCAUCUGAGCCAGCCAUAUCGCCAUUCCCCAGCUCCUUCUGUCCCCCACAUCCGAGUCACUUACAAUAUUUGGAGGAGCAUAAGCAUUGCUUAAAUAUAUAACAUAUAAAGGUAAAGGGACCCCUGACCAUUAGGUCCAGUCAUGGCCGACUCUGGGGUUGCAGCGCUCAUCUCGCUUUACUGGCCAAGGGAGCCGGUGUACAGCUUCCGGGUCAUGUGGCCAGCAUGACUAAGCCGCUUCUGGAGAACCAGAGCAGCGCGCGGAAACGCCGUUUACCUUCCCGCUGGAGUGGUACCUAUUUAUCUACUUGCACUUUGAUGUGCUUUCAAACUGCUAGGUUGGCAGGAGCAGGGACCGAGCAACGGGAGCUCACCCUGUCGCGGGGAUUCGAACCACCAACCUUCUGAUCGGCAAGUCCUAGGCUCUGUGGUUUAAUCCACAGCGCCACCCGCGUCCCAAAAGAGCCCAGAGCCCUGCUUAAAAAAAACAAAAGAACUGAAACUCCCAGGAUUCCAUGGGGGAAAUUCACAGCAGCCUGUGUCCACAAUGUUUGCCAUCUCCUUCACCUGGCAUCCUCUUCCCCCAGGGUCUGGACUGGACAGAGCUAGCAGCCCGCACAGUGAAGCCCCCCUUCAAACCCCUCAUCCGCAGUGAGCUAGACGUGCGAAACUUUGCCGAAGAAUUCACCAGCUUGGAGCCCAUCUACUCCCCCGCUGGGACUCCUCCCAGCCUCGAACGUUUCUUCCAGGUGAGUGCCAAAGGGGGGGGGGGAAUCUCAACCUGUAGUGUGGCUUGCAGUUGUUGCCAUGCUGGGUAUAAAUUCCUGGUACCUGUUUCCAAAAGACUGUUGAAAAGGUGCAAAAUGUGCAGGUGAGAGAAGAUGACAAAAUUGCAGACUGGGGGGGGGUUACCUGUGAGGGAAAUCGUAGAGCAUUUAACGUGCUUUUGGGGGGAGUGGGAGGGGAGAAGAGGACUGAGGAGAUAUACUCUGGAGAGAGUGAUCAGAGAGAAGUCCCUGAAAAGUGAAGAUAGGAAUGUGUCAGAUUAUAUGCACUAAUACAGUGGUACCUCGGGUUAAGUACUUAAUUCGUUCUGGAGGUCCAUUCUUAACCUGAAACUGUUCUUAACCUGAAACACCACUUUAGCUAAUGGGACCGCCGCACCGCCGGAGCAUGAUUUCUGUUCGCAUCCUGAAGCAAAGUCCUUAACCCUAGGUAAUUUUUCUGGGUUAGCGGAGUCUGUAACAUGAAGCGUAUGUAACCCGAGGUACCACUGUAUAUUGGAUUCUUUCUGCAUAACCUCCCUGGCUUUAAAGCAGGGCAGGGGAACCCAUGGCCCCUCCAGAUAUUAGAUUACAGCUCAGAUCAUCCCUUGCAUUGGCUGGAGCAUCUAUUUCACAAGGUGAUGGCAACCUAUCCUCCCCCAUCUCCUCUCUCCCUCAGGGUAGACAUGAAGCUGGUGCAGCCCUAGGAUGGCUACAAGCUUCAGAUGAUUCCUAUAGCUCAGCAUCACUGGCCAUUCAGGUGCUGUUCAGGAUAGCAACUCCGUUCCAGGCCAGGGCAAACUUUUUACUAGGAACAUAGGAGACCAUUGGUCCAUCUAGCUCAGUACUGUCUACUCUGGCUGGCAGCAGCUCUCUGGGAUUUCAGAUGGGGGCAUUCUCAGCCCUACUUGGAAAUGCUGAGGAUUGAACCUGCGACCUACUGAUUGCAAAAGCAGCUCUGGCCAUUCUCUCAGGAAGAGACAAGACAUUGUAUUUUUGAAUUAAAGGAUUAUAUUAAGUAGGAACCUUUCUGGGGUUUCAGACAGGCCUUCCAGGCUUGUGGUUCCUGCCCCCGCCACUUUACAAAGACAAAUAAAUUAGAAACCUUUUUUUUUAAAAAAAGGUUUUUUUAAUGGCAAAAGCGUCAUUUCUUCCUGUGUGAGAAAGGGGGGUGUCUGUUCUAAGCCAAGGCCUGCAGUGAUAUAGGCAUGCAAAAUCUGGCAACGAAAGCAUGCUCAUUUGCUUUUGGAAUUCCUCCCCCCUUACCCAAAUAUAUGCAGGUAUAAUUGAUCAAUUGCCCAGCUAACAACUGAUUACAAUGUUACCAGAGCCCUACACUGAAAUCAUUUUUAAAAAUGUUUAUGUCGUUUGAGGAAUGCUGCAGAUGAGAAUCUUUCCCCAGCUCAAAUGCAGCUCUUUUUCCUAAUCUGAUAAUUUUCAGGAAGUAUCUUGCACACACUUCCUCAUUAUGUGGAGCACAUCGUUAGAAUGAAAGUGCUUUUUUGUUUUUUUCCCCUUUGUUGGUUUUUUUUUUUUAAACAACCCUCCAGGUUUCUCCCGGCUGCUCGUUUUUUCAGCUGCAGUCUUGAGCUUCCUCAUUUUCCUUCUCUAAUUUGCAGUCGCCUAGAACCAAAUGUGCAAAUAUUCUGCGAGAACAUAGGAAGCUGCCAUCUGCUGAGUCAAACCAUUGGUCUAUGUAGCUCAUAGCUAACUAUAAAUCUGCUGCAGACACAUGUCACGUUAAGCCAAACUGUGGUUUAGCACGAACCCAAGGAGGAGAUGGCAGCUGUUUUACUCCUCUAUCAGCUUUUUAGGUCACUGCUAAGCCAAAUAUUACCGUAUUUUUCCAUGUAUAAUACUAGGUUUCCCCCCUAAAAAAUAAUGUGAAAAAUUAGGGGGGGGGCGUCUUAUACACAGAUAUAUCUCCCCCAUUUUCUUAAAUCUGAGUCCCCCAAAAUAGGUGGCGUCUUAUACAUGGGGGCAUCUUAUAGACAGAAAAAUAAUUUAGCAUGUUCUCUGAACGCAGGAUCGUGGUUAUCUUCUCCUUAACCACAGUCUGUAGCCAUGGCAUGUCCUAUGGCUGCAGGUCAUGGUUUAAGAGAGAGACCUUAACCUUAGUCCUGGGAUCAGACGAGAUGCUGUGCUGUACUCUGACUUACAAUGACAUGCAAAGAGACUUGAACUUUGGACCUCCUGCAUGCAGAGCAGGUGGCCUGACAUGGAACCGCAGGCUGAAAGCCCUUCCAGACUAGGCAUUGGGGAGAUACGUGAUGCAGUUUGUAUUGAAAGGCGAAGUAAUCAAAUGUGCUCUUUUCCAAAACAAUACGUGAACGGUAACACGGCCAUCCUUUAAUGUUUGCACAUCUCUGAAUUCCGUAGUGCAGUUCCCCAGCCCAAGGAAUGUGCAUAAAGAUGCAUGUACUAGGUAGGGUGAAGCACUCUGGAGGACCGUGCUGACUCCCAACCUCUGCACGGAUUUGUUUUUAAAGGGAUACUCCUUCAUUGCUCCUUCCAUCCUCUUCAACCGCAACGCUGUGACAGCUGACGUGCUCGGAGCGGCACCGGACGGAGAGCGCCCAAGAAGUGCUGCUGUGGCCCGCAGUGCAAUGAUGAAGGUAACGUCCGCCCUUGGGAGGGAGAAGCAGGGAGCCACAGAAGGUUGCGGGGAACUGCUGAGGCCGUGGUGGUGAAAGCAUUUGAGCUUAGGGCAAGGCUGAAGAAGCUUUUUUGACCUAGCAGGCCAGAUCUUUAUCUCUCCCCCCCCCCCACCGCAGCCCAACUUUGACAGGUGGGGGAACCACCACCAGCUGAUUGGCAGGUGGGUGGAGUCAGAUGCAGGUCAGCAAGAAGGGAAGCAAAUUUAUAAUGCCUGUGACAUUAACACUUUAUUCAAAGAAAUGAAAUACAACUCAGCCUUGUGGUCUCAGCAGCCCUUCCCAGUAGGUCUUGCCCCUAUGUAGCAGUUGCCAGGACUGAAGGUCCACACCUCCUACUACCCUUAAGGCUCUUUCUCUCCUGAAUGUUCCCCAAGCAGUCUCAAACUUCCUCUGCACACUUGCUCUUUUCGUUACUCUGUGUGUUCUUGGAGUCUGGGGGGAGGGGAGCUUCUUGCAGCAGGAGGGGGAGACUUCCAGGAUUCUUCUGCAGUCUCUUGAGCCCCCUCCUCUGCUUCUGCCUUGGAGUCUGAACUGCUCCCUGUCACAGGUUCUUCCUGCUAACUAACCCCUGUUGCCCCUCCAGCUUCCUCCUCUCACCAGUCUUCUCCCUCUGACCGCUCCUCUGUGUCCCUCCACCAAUCCCCUGGCUCUGAGCCUUCCUCCUCUGGGUUUUCCUUUGAGAGUUCCCCAGCUGGUACCUCCCACCACUCCUCUUCGUCCUGCCAGUCCCUGACAUCCGGUUCUGCCCAUUGGUCAAAGGUGGCCCACAGGGAUGGAAUAAUGACCAAGCAGGAUUGAACUCCCCACUCAUCAGCUGAUAUGUAGGGAGUUCAGCUCUGUGGUUGUUGUUGUUGUCAAUUUCAUUUCUAUACCACUUUAUAUUUUAAAGAAAAAAUCUCAAAGAAAACAAUCCAGAAUAAAGCUAAUUCAAGCUUCAAGGAAAAUAUUUCAGAUCCUUCUCAAAGUGUCAUUUUGCUUUCCCUAUACAGUGGUACCUCGGGUUAAGUACUUAAUUCGUUCCGGAGAUCCGUACUUAACCUGAAACUGUUCUUAACCUGAAGCACCACUUUAGCUAAUGGGGCCUCCUGCUGCUGCCCCGCCACUGGAGCACAAUUUCUGUUCUUAUCCUGAUGCAAAGUUCUUAACCCGAAGCACUAUUUCUGGGUUAGCGGAGUCUGUAACCUGAAGCGUAUGUAACCUGAGGUACCACUGUAUUUAUUUACCUACUUCAUUUAUACCGCUGCCCCAUAGCAGAAGUACUCUAGGAAGCCAGUGUGGCGUAAUGGUUAGAGUGUUGGACUAGGACCUGGGAGAUCAGGGUUCAAAUCCCCACUCGGUCAUGAAGCUCACUGAGUGACCUUGGAGUCAGUUAGAGCCUCUGAACCUACCUCACAGGGUCAUUGCAGGGAUUAACAUGUUUCCCAGCCGUUUCUCUACCUGCCCCACCUCAGGCACAGGGCAGGUGAAUGUAGUUUGGAGGAAAUGGCCUCACAGGCCACAUGAGGAGGCCUGGCGGGCCAAAUUUGGCCCACAAGUUAGUGCCUUAGGGAGAACCGGGCAGUUGUCAAGGGAAGCAUUCUCUGAUCUUUCCCACAAUAUGCCCUGAUUCACAGAAAACAACAGUACCAAAGUUGCUUGAGUUUGGUGCCACCCAGGGCUUUUCCAGACAACCACUUCAAAGCAUGCCCUCACAACGUUUUCACAUUUGGAGGUGGAUAGUUCCUGUCAGUCCCAAAUCUAGGGCAAAAGCUCCCUAGGGGAGAAGCCAGGUGUGCAGGAGUGGCUUACCUGCAGCGAUAUGUUUUGGUGGGCUCCUGGGCAAAAGACCUUCAUUGCCUGCUCCAGAGGCUACCACUGCAGCUGUAUAAUGAUCUGUUUUCAGCCGGGAGGCCCAUGGUGAAGCAGGAAGGGCACUGGGCUGUGUCAGCAGAGGGCUGUCCCAAGAGAAACACACUUCUUCCCCCCACCCCUCUGGCUGAGCUGCCCCAUGGACUCGGUGCCAAGGCCUGAUUGUCCCACAUUCUGGAACCAGCCAUCCGUAGGCCCGGGCAUUCAUCCUGCAGCUGUAUCCCCAGGAAGGCAAUGCUGGAAGGCUUCCAUCCACUUUCAGAGAUGCUUUAAAAAAUAAAAAUAAAAAUGGUGGGCUAAAAGGCUUCACUGUUUAUUAUCCAGGCUUUGUCAAAGCUACCUGGCUGCUACUUAGCAUCACCAAUAUCAUCGUAUCAUUAUUAUUAUUUUGCAUUUAAAAGUCUAAUCUUUCAUUUUCCAGGUUUAUUGUGUAUUCGUAACAGAUUAUUAUUAUUCUUGCUAUUUAAUCUCAAGCAUGUAGGCAGAUUAAAUUUAUGAAAUUCACACUCAGUUGAUUGACAUGAGUAAUUUUGGUUCAUUAAUUUCAGUGGGUCAGCUCUGAGUAGAAUUUAGUUGGAGACAAUCCUAUUUCUCCCCCAUUGCCUUGGGGGAACUUGUGACAGUGGGGUGAGACCUGUCAGUCACCUGAUAGUGAUAUGGUGUCAGAUGAUUGACAAGUGGGUAGUCCUGCCCAUCUGCCAGUGUUGGCCAAUGAGGAUGUAGGGAGGUAAUGCUCCACCCCACUGGGCCAAAAAUGUUCCUCACACCAGAGUGUGUGUGUGCUUGGGAGAAGUUCUUUCUUUGUGGGUUCUGCUCUAAAGCUGCUCCUCCUCUGUCCAGGAUUCUUCGUUUUUCCAAAAGUAUGAGAUGGACUUGAAAGAGACCCCGCUGGGUGAGGGCAGCUUCUCCUUGUGCCGCCGCUGCCGGCAGCGCCAGAACGGGGCAGAAUUCGCCGUCAAGAUAAUCAGCAAAAGGUACUUGGUCCUCUUCACUGCCAUGCACACUCCUUCCCCCUCCCGAAGGAAUUCUUCUGCCCAGAAACGCACAGGGCAUUUUGACAUUGAACAAUGUCAAAUGGACAUUUUCUUUUUCAAUAAGAAGAUCAGAAUGGCGCUGCUGCAACACCAGGAGGGCCAAAGGUUCCUCCACACCUGCUUUUCGCCAUACAUAAUCAGUUCAAGGGAAUUCAUUGCCACAGGUUUUGGGACUCUGAGAACUUAAGGUGGCUUUAAAAGUGUGUUGGUCACAUCCAUGGCAGAGGAAGAAGAAGAGAGUUCCAUCACUGACUAAGGCUGAGUAGAACCCCCAGGUCCAGAAGCAGUCUACCCCUGAAUCUCACUUGCCAGAAGCAGGAGAAGGGUGUUCUGAUGCUCAUGUCCUGCUUGUUAGGCUUCCAAGAAGGAAGCAUGAUGCCAGACUCCAUGGGCCUUUUGUUCUGAUCCAGCAGAGCCUUAAUUACUUUCUGAGUCUUAGUGGCUUCUAGCCCUGAUGGCUUGUGUUUUAAACCCACUGUCAGAGGCAGUAAUGCUUCUGAAUGCCAGUUAGGAUUCUUUUUCUCUCUUUUCUUUUUCUCCUUCCUUCCUUCCUUCCUUCCUUCCUUCCUUCCUUUCUUCUUCCCUUUCUUUCUUUCUUUCUUUCUUUCUUUCUUUCUUUCUUUUUCUUUCCUCUUCCUUUGUUUUUGUUUUUAUUUGGGUUAGUUUUUUAAAAUCCUUUUGUAUUAUAAAAAGUUACUUUGUAGUUGAUCUUAAUUUGUGCAUAUCUUUUUUAAAGCUUUAACAAAAUCUAUUUUUAAAAAAGUACCAGUAGCUGGAAACUACAGGAGGGCAGCAUUUCUGUAGUGCUCCCGGCCAGCUUGCUGGCUUCCCAUAGGCAUCUGGUUGGCCACUGUGAGAACAGGAUGUUGGACUAGAUAGGCCCUUGGCCUGGACCAGCAGGCAGGCGCUUCUUAUGUUCCUAAUGGAUUGGAGGUUUGAUUUAUAGGUCCUGGCCAUUGGCUCCUUCUUCACCUCUCUCUGCCGGACAGUAAAGAUGAAGUAGCAGUGUAUUUCCAUGUGUCUGAUAGCUGCUUUGUAUGAUGUUGAAAUAAAAAAGCAAUCCCAUUUCGUACCCCACCCCAACCCCUAAUCCAGGAUGGAAGUGAACACACAGCGCGAAGUGGCUGCCUUGCAGAUCUGUGAAGCCCACCCGAACAUCGUCAAGUUGCAUGACGUCCAUACUGACCAGGUAAUGGUCCUGUGAAUUUUCCACGCCAGGCUAUCUCUGCCCUCCCUGUAGAGAGGGCUAAAGAGACUGCUCUACUGGCUGGGCAAGGAAGAGAAAGAAGGCCCGACUCCUAGAACUUAAACCUGUUCUGGCCAAUCCAGACACUGCAAGCUGCCUGCCAAUCACAGAGCCAGAUGCGACACACACCCCUAUUCCCAGGUAGUUCUCUGGGCUUAAGUACCGGCCCCGUGUCCUGGAGAUUCUUGGAUUGAGCUGCUUUCUUCUCUUUCUUGGCACAUUCCUUCCCUACAGUACCACACGUACCUGGUGAUGGAACUGCUCCGGGGCGGGGAGCUCCUUGACCGCAUCAAGAAGAAGCAGCACUUUAGCGAGUCGGAAGCCAGCCAGAUCAUGCGCAGCCUGGUCUCCGCCAUCAGCUUCAUGCACGACGCCGGGGUAGUGCACCGCGACCUCAAGCCUGAGGUAACGGGGGAGAGCAGGGUGGGGAGCUGGUGUGGAGGGAGGGGUGACAGGAGGCCUACAGCCUCCAUGAUAGAGAACAGGCAACAAGAGGUUGCCAAUACCUCCUGGAAAAUGACAGCAAAGCAAACUCUCUCUUUUACACACACACACACCACACACACCACACACAAAAACACACUUUCCUCCUAAGUUCUCUGGGACUCAGCGGCAAGCAAGGCUUGGCGAAGACCACAAGAAGUUUUUAUUGAUUUAGCAACAUUUAUAGACCAAAUAAAUACAUAAAUCUCUCAGCGGUUUACAUAAAAUAGUAUAAGAUAUUUACACUGACUUUAAAAACAACUGGAUAUACAAUAACAGCAUUAUCAAAAUAUAAAUAAAGGGUUGGAUCCACCUGACUCCUACUCAGAACAGACUCCUUGCCAUCAGCAGGUCUAAUAGUGAGAGGAGUUAGCUGGAUACAACUCCUAAUCCGUAGAGUUUAAGCAGUGUACAUUAUAAAAUUGCAUGUCUGGAUUGGGCCACCCAGACAAAAGCAUUUUCAUCAGGUGUUGAAAACAGUACAAAUAGGAGGGGGCCACUAGGGGCGCAUCAGAAGAUGGCUGACAAUAACAUCUCUCCGACCCACACGAGGUAAUUUGGAGGCUGUGAUGGGAGUAAAUAGCCUCCCUACCCCCCCAGGAUUGGGGGGGGCUGCCCUUGCCUGCUGUGCCCUAUACCACCCCCGAAUUUGUGGGGAUGGGGGCACUAGGCAGAAUGCCCUCCUGUGGAUUUCUGCACUCCUGGACGCUGCAAGAACUUCAAAAGAAAUUAUUAGGAUGAAGCGAAUGCACAUAUUUCAAGGAAGGAGGGGGAGUAAAGACUGCUAACAGAAGAGAUCUCUGAUAAACAAGACGAGUCGGAGGAACACGAAUCAAUCAGAUGAAGAUACGCCAAGACUCGGUAUGGCAAAGGGACUGGAUGGGGGAGGGGGAAAAAACUUUCCUUUCUUUCCUCUAUGUGAUUAAACAAGAAUCCCCCCCGCUCACAAGUCAGAAAUGUCGUUUGAAGGACUUAAGCUGUGGAUUUACGUCUGUGUGGAGAUAAACUUUCUAACCAAAGCAUGUUUUAAGAAGAGCGUGGAAUGUAUAAGGGCUUUGGAAUGACGCAGUUAAAAAUACCGUCGCCAUAUUGGGAAGUUCUGUCGGAGGACUUAAGUCUGGGAGGAGAAAUAGAGAAAUAGAGCUGUUUUUAUAUUGUGGAUGAAACUCCUCAGAGGGACUUAAGAGCGACAGUUCUGUGAUUAAUGAUGGAAAGAGCGAUGUUAUCUAUGAAUGCGAUGAUAUAUGGAAACCAUCUCGAUUUGAGGAUUGGAUGAACGGAAAAAUUCACACAGGAUUAUUAUUGGUGUUUAUCGGCUUAAGGAGAUUAUCAGAAGAGAUCAUAAAGAAAAAAGAGAAAAUAUACGAACAAGAUGAGAUGUGGAAACAGCAAGAUAAGACUGGAUAGAAUUAUGAACUUUGUUUGGAUUGAUUUGGACAUUAACGCAGUAGCAAGAAGAUGAUCAGAAUCCCCCUUCGGAUCUUGAAAUAUGGGUCCCCUCAACAAAAUUUAAAAUUCGGCUGUGUAAUUCGAAAUUUAUGUGAUGUGAUUUGAUUUGAUUUGAUUGGCCGGUUAAUAAAAAUUAUUUUUUUUUAAAAAAAGAAAACAGUACAAAUAGGCAGAGCAUUCUAGAACAUAGCGGCCGCCAUGUUAAAAGCUGGAUUUCCUGCUAGCGCACAGCAAACAUGAAAGUGUCCUUUUUUCCCUGGGGGUGGGGAAGGGAUGUCCACACCAUUUUGUGGUGCUGGCUCUUUUCCUGCUCUUUUAGACGCGACAUCUAUUUUUGUGUCGUGCCGCGCCCCCACUGCAGCCAUUUUGUGACUGGUGCACACGGAACUCCCUUAAAAUUCCAGCUGUGACCACUGGCCCUAAAAGGCUCUGGGUACAGCUGGCACAUGCCUGGCUGGUCACAAAUGAGAGCUCAGAGGCUACCAGAGAACUCACAAGAGCUGGCGCAUGGGACCUAUGGUUUGCUGCAGGGAUGGGGAGGGUGCUCUUCUGAGAAGAUCUCUGUCUAGGCAUGGCUGUUGAUUGCUACCCUUAAAAAAAAGAGAGAGAUGACUCAGACUGGCUGUUGUGUUUGGUGCGACCCCUCUUAGAAUAUCCUGUACGCGGACGAGUCAGAAGGAGCGCCCGUGAAGGUGAUUGACUUCGGCUUUGCCCGCCUGCGCCCCCAGAACUCGCAGCCCAUGCAGACGCCCUGCUUCACCCUGCAGUAUGCCGCACCUGAACUCUUGCAGGAUGGGGGCUAUGAUGAGUCCUGCGACCUCUGGAGCUUGGGGGUUAUCUUGGUAGGUGGAGACGCGGUGCAAAUGAAGAGAGGUCAGUGGGACUGGCCUGAGGGCUGUGGUUACCCGGGGUGUGCCAUCCAGGCCACAACACAAGCUCCUCCAUUCCUUUCUCUUCUUCUGGUUUCUCCCCUUUCCUGAGCAGCGUUGCUGCCUCUUUACAUAUUUAAUAAACCAUCUAUAUUUUGCCUUAAAUCAUCCUAGAUUGCAGGGUAGGGCACAACUUAAAAUGAGUGUGCAGAAACUUCUUUUGCGGAUUUCACUGCCCCCUGCCACACAGCAAUCCUGUCUCCUCCUCUCCUUCCCCACGCCCUCAUUCCAUCCCACCCCAAACCCUGCAUCCCAUUCCUGAUUAGCAGUGCCAGGACCUCCCUCCAAAUCCAGCACCACCUUCACCUUUUCUAGUACUUCUUGACCAAUUUCCGGUGCUUCCUUCAGCAAAGCAUGAGAACUAGUAACUUGCUUCAUUGUACUCUUAACAAACUCAGAUUCCUUUUCUUUCUGUUACUUGUAGUUACUGAUUUUCUGUAUUAUUUUGAUCCCUCCCUAUCCCUAAGUCUCCGGGCAGCUGACAAUUACAGUUUACAAUUAAAAAAUGAGGCGGGGGGGAGAGAGGGAGUGAGGGAGAGAACACAGCAGGGUGUGUAGGGACUUGGUCAAGAAAGACUACCGUAUUUUUUGCUCUAUAAGACUCACUUUUUCCCUCCUAAAAAGUAAGGGGAAACGUGUGUACGUCUUAUGGAGCGAAUGCAGGCUGCGCAGCUAUCCCAGAAGCCAGAACAGCAAGAGGGAUUGCUGCUUUCACUGCGAAGCGAUCGCUCUUGCUGUUCUGGCUUCUGAGAUUCAGAAUAUUUUUUUUCUUGUUUUCCUCCUCCAAUAACUAGGUGUGUUUUGUGGUCUGGUGCAUCUUAUAGAGUGAAAAAUGUGGUAAUUCGAGAAAGUAUGGCUUCCCUUUAUCAGCUCUGUAAAUAGAAAACUCUUAUUGUGCUUCACAACUUCACAUGUAUCCUUGAGGAGAGGAUUUAUACAUAAUAGCCCUCACAAAGAGAUGGAUGUCUUGCAGCCUGGUAGUCAGUGCCGUUUUUCUAGAAAAAGAGGUGCCAGAAAUUUUCUGAACAAGCGUUUACCUUGUUCUCUUAUAAUGUCAAUGGGGCCCACCUGAGACGUGCCAGAACUGAGUUUCGGUGAGUUCCAGCUGAAGAAAGCCCUGCCAAUAGCCAACCUGGUGCUUAUUUAAGUUCAGGUGUGCACGUCAAAGUGCAAGUAGAUAAAUAGGUACUGCUCCAGUGGGAAGGUAAACGACGUUUCCGUGCGCUGCUCUGGUUUCGCCAGAAGCGGCUUAGUCAUGUUGGCCACAUGACCCGGAAAAACUGUCUGCGGACAAAUGUCGGCUCCCUCGGCCAGUAAAGCAAGAUGAGCGCCGCAACCCCAGAGUCGUUCGCGACUGGACUAAACUAUCAGGGGUCCUUUACCUUUACCUUUUUAAAUGCAGCUUUAACGAGUUAUGUUUUCUGGUAAUUGAGUUUACUCCUCACUGUGUUUCUGUUUGUAGUUGUAUUGCUUUUAAUUGUACUUAUUUUGAAAACCAUUGUCCUUUCUGUUGUUCUCUUCUCCUGCCCUCUCUCUUCCAGUAUACCAUGCUCUCUGGGCAAGUCCCCUUCCACAGCAGUCAGGAAGGGAGCGCAGCGAACCAUGCAGCCGAGAUCAUGCACAAGAUCAAGGAGGGGCAAUUCUCCCUGGAGGGCGAGGCCUGGAAGAACGUUUCUGAAGAGGCAAAGGAGCUGGUUAGAGGUGAUGGGGAAAUACACUUAAGGCGAAACGUACAUGGCAUGUUCCUGUCUUGAGAGUGGGAAGGUUGAGGGGACUCAGUUGGUGCUAUGGAAAUUAGGUAAAAACAUUUUGCACUUGAGAUUCUGAAGGUUUUGGAAAAACCCAGCCUUAGGACUGAAAGAAGCUCCUUUGUAUCCAUAAAAACAACCCUCAAAUAUAAUGUUGAACCAGGGUUAUCUGUGGAUUUGGGGAUUUCAGAAGGUCUGUAAGCAUUGCUAAUGUGUCUUCCCUCUUCCUCGCUUGCUCUCUUCUUCUCAGGCCUCCUCACAGUGGAUCCUGUCAAGCGGCUGAAGAUGUCGAGCUUGCGCUACAGCGAGUGGCUCCAAGAUGGAAGUGCCCUCUCUUCCACACCCCUCAUGACUCCGGACAUUCUGGAGAGCUCAGGGCCUGCCGUGCGAACUGGCGUCAACGUUGCCUUUAUGGUAAGAAGUUGGACAACCCGAGCAGGAAGUUUCUUUGGGGGAACCGAAUGAGACGAAAUGUAAUGGCUGAGGAGCACCAGGGUCCAGAGGAUCCUGCCGGGAGUGGAGGGCACUCCUAUGCUGGUGCGGCCUGCAAGGUUCAUAGGUUACACUCACCCUAUGAACCUUAAGGCGUCGCAAAGCUUCUCUGGAGCAACGGCCAUCUUGUUUCCCAAACACUGCUUUUCGUGUUAUGUUGGGCCUGAGUGUUGAGAGGAAUACCGUAUUUUUCGCUCCAUGAGGCACACCUGACCAUAAGGCGCACCUACUUUUUUUGGGGGGGUGGGGUAUUCAAGAAAAAAAAUAUUAUUCUUGUAAAAGAAGCUGGUAAAAUGCGGUCUUGACUAUGCUACCACUCAGUAGAUUUGUAACUGGCUGACUGACCGAACCCAAAGGGUCUCAUAAAUGGUUCCUCUUCAUCCUGGAGAAGAGUGACUAGUGGGGUGCCACAGGGUUCUGUCUUGGGAGGGGUGGCUAACACCCCAGAGGACAGGAUCACACUUCAAAACGACCUUGACAGAUUAGAGAACUGGGCAAAAACAAACAAGAUGAAUUUUAACAGGGAGAAAUGUAAAGUAUUGCACUUGGGCAAAAAAAAUGAGAGGCACAAAUACAAGAUGGGAGACACCUGGCUUGAGAGCAGUACAUGUGAAAAGGAUCUAGGAGUCUUGGUUGACCACAAACUUGACAUGAGCCAACAGUGUGACGCGGCAGCUAAAACAGCCAAUCCACUUCUGGGCUGCAUCAAUAGGAGUAUAGCAUCUAGAUCAAGGGAAGUAAUAGCGCCACUGUAUUCUGCUCUGGUCAGACCUCACCUGGAGUACUGUGUCCAGUUCUGGGCACCACAGUUCAAGAAGGACACUGACAAACUGGAACGUGUCCAGAGGAGGGCAACCAAAAUGGUCAAAGGCCUGGAAACGAUGCCUUAUGAGGAAUGGCUAAGGGAGCUGGGCAUGUUUAGCCUGGAGAAGAGGAGGUUAAGGGGUGAUAUGAUAGCCAUGUUCAAAUAUAUAAAAGGAUGUCACAUAGAGGAGGGAGAAAGGUUGUUUUCUGCUGCUCCAGAGAAGCGGACAUGGAGCAAUGGAUCCAAACUACAAGAAAGAAGAUUCCACCUAAACAUUAGGAAGAACUUCCUGACAGUAAGAGCUGUUCGACAGUGGAAUUUGCUGCCAAGGAGUGUGGUGGAGUCUCCUUCUUUGGAGGUCUUUAAGCAGAGGCUUGACAACCAUAUGUCAGGAGUGCUCUGAUGGUGUUUCCUGCUUGGCAGGGGGUUGGACUCGAUGGCCCUUGUGGUCUCUUCCAACUCUAUGAUUCUAUGAUUCUAUUCUAUGAUUCUAUGAUUAUUUAAAGGGAGUGCUGAGCAGAGCCUGUAUGCAUCCCAGGCUCUGCUCAGCACUCCCAUUUCAUGAGCUGCGUGGAGCGUGUGUGUGGCUCUUGGGGGCUUUUCCCCGAGGAGGGAGAAGGGCAGCCGCGCUCUGUCCUGUCCCCCACCUCCCGCAAAAGACAGGGAUAGCCAUGCAAAGCCUCCCUAGGGCAGCGGGAUGAAGGCUCCCCACUGCCCUGUGGAGGCUUCAUGGGCUACCCCAGAGCUGCUCAGGAGCUUGUGGGGCUGGCGGGGGAAGCCCGGGUUUCCCCCAACCCCAAAGAGCAGGUGGGGAGCAGCGGAAAGACUGCGCACAGCCUCCCGCUGCUCCCCGAGCUUGUGGGGCUGGCGGGGGAAGCCCGGGUUCCCAGCCCCCGGGACCACACAUUCGCUCCAUAAGAUGCACAGACAUUUCCCUUUAGAUUUUAAGAGGAAAAAAAGUGCGUCUUAUGGAGUGAAAAAAUACGGUAAAUGGCAGUCGGAUGACAGCUUUACCAUCCGGUGAGGGUGGUUACCUUCUCCCUUGAAAAGUAUGCAGAGUGGAAGGAGGAAAGUGGGAAAACAGCACUCUUCCCCACUUCCUCUUUCAGCUGUGUGCUUUCAAAGACAUAGUUUUAAUUCUACUGGAUCUGAUCCCAGAUCACUUGGAAAAGCACUUUCUUUCCAGCCCUCUGGAGGAGGGUUGUUGGCUGAUCUGGGGGAGUGGGAAGAGAUUGACCAGAUGGGUUGGCACUUCGUCAAAAACGCAAAUUUUGCCCACAAACCUAAAAAAGGUGGCUAGGGUUUCGAGACAAAAGGACAAACCCUCAAGCUUCAACUCUUUCUCCUCUCCCAGGCCUUUAACAAGGGCAAGCGCGAAGGCUUUUUCCUGAAGAGCGUGGAGCACGCCCCCCUUGCCAAGCGACGCAAACUGAAGAUGUCGAGCACUGGCGCCGAAGCCCGUCGCAGCAGCAGCAGCUCCUCCUCUUCCUCUUCCUCCUCCGCGACUUCUUCUCGCUCCCACAAAGCCAAGGUUCCCAGAGUUUGCCACGACCCUCCCUCAUAGCACCCUGGGGAGAGGAGGCGCAUCGCUUGGUCAGGAGGGAAGUGGGUAUUUAUUGUCUAUGUUGCUGUUGAGGGAGGAAGCCCCCUCCCUCCACCCCACCCCACCCCCCCAAUUCCACCCCACCCCCACCUUCAUUCAUGAUGGGGUCUGUUUUGUUGUUCAAAGUGGCCCACGUCUUUCGGAGGAAAACUCUCUCUGCGGAGAAAGAUUUGCAGCUCCCACCCCCUGCCCAGAGGACGACUCCUUGUGUUUCUUGCAGGGCACUCAGUUGCUGUAGGAAGAACAAGGAGACCAUAGGGCAGCCCCGUAAGAAGGCUUUUUAAAAUACCAAAUCCGUGUUCCCUUUCUGAUGGUUCAGAGCCUGCAGUCCCAUUGCAAAGGCGGGGCCAGGAGAGGUUGGGUUGUAGGUGUGGAGUUUUUUUACACUGAUCAAGCGGAGGCCAUGUGGAGGUGAUGCCUCUCCGUCCCAGCCCUCCCCCUGAAAGCACAAGAGGGGCUGGUCCCUUUUCCUGAGGGACUGGAGUCAGGUGAUUUAAAGUCAGGGGUUACAAGUGAAGAGGAACCCGGCCAAAAACGGCUGAGCUAUUUUCAUUAAGACGUGGAUUUGCCUCCCUUGAGUCCAAAACCAUGUAUUGCGGGAGGGUGUGUGUAGACAUUUUCUCCUGGGAAAGGCUGCUAAAAAACAACAACAAAAAACAGGCAGGUUUUUAUCCUGGCAGACAGCCGAGUGCCAAGGAAAUUUUUUGGCACCUCCUACUAUUGUUAAACGACAGAGGGUGGUCUCUAACAUUAGUAAUGCACAGAGCAGACCCACUGAAAUGAAUGGGCAUGCUCACUUGGGAACAUUUGUUUCAAUGGGUCUACUUGGGGAUACAACCCAGAGGAGCAGGGCCAGGCAGGGAAGAAGGGCUGUGUAUCACAGGGACGGGGCAGGGCGGGGGAGGGGCAGAAUCACUCACCACUUUAAUAUAGGAUGCACCAUGGAUGCAAAUGGGUUAACAAGCCAAAUAGGAAUCUCUGCAGAAAAGCGGGGUAGGGGGUGGGAGGAGGUGUCUGCUGAGGGAUUCCCCCAAAUUUCUGAUAAUGUGGGGCAAAAAGGGUCUUUGGUUUUUGCCUUAUAAUGACAACAGAAUCAACUGUGCUGGGAGAUUUUGUAUAUUAAAGCUCAGGCACUCUAGGAAACAAAAAUGGGAUGAGAGGGUGGGAAUGUUGAGGGGGAGAGAGAGAGUAUAUUUUUAGAAAGAGAGAAAUAUCUGUAUGUUUUUUAUUAUAAAAAAUGCUGCAGGCAGGCUUGAGGGGUGGAGUUUGUGUGAUAACACACUUGAAUUUAGCAGUGGGAAGGGAGAAAAUAAUUCUCUCAGCUUCAGAAAUCUGUCCCAUCUCCUUGUUCACUUAAAAGGUAGAACAAGAUAAAAUGUUGAAAGAUGGGGAAGGAACUUUGUUAAAUCACAUUGUUAAAUCCAAUUCUGUUAACACCUUGUAACUGCACUUGGAAUCAGAUUUUAGUUAGAACCAGUUAUUCCCACUUUUUAAGACAGACAAAAUGGAAGCGUUGAAUUUUGCUCACUUCUAAUCUGAGAGCAGGAUCCUGAUUGCAUUAGCUUGGAUAGGAUCAUUAAAAUAAACAGAAAUUAGAAUUUCGCUCAUCACAACUUGGAAGUUUGCACAGAGAUCCCCUUUCCAAAAUUCAGAUUUAUUUUUUUACUACUAAGACCCAGCCCAUCUGUGACUGUAUAAAUGAAUGUGAAAGUCAUGUUGCAACAGUUGAAGUUUUUAAGCAGAGGUUUGGAUGUCCAUACGUCACUGACGCUUUAGUUGAGAUUUCUGCAUUGCAGGUGGGUUGGAGAUGACCCUGAGGGCCCCUUCCGACUCUACAAUUCUAUGAUUAAUUUGUGGGGGUUUUUUGUAACCCCAUUUUGCUUACACUACUGUUGCAGAAAGGUUAUGUUCAAAUUUUGUCAAAAGUCCAAGCUUUUAAAAGCAAAUAAUUGUACGUGUUUACAGAGCACGGAGGGAUUCUAAUUACCUAGCAUUUGUUAAUCAGAUUAAGGCGGAAUGACUGAAACCUGAGGUCAGCCAGUGAAGACUAGUAGGAGAUUCAGAACAGAUAAAAGGGAGGACUUAUUUAAAAGGUGCGUAAUUAACUAUGGAACUCACAUGGAGCUUUAAAUGGAUGGCUAUUGAUCCUAGUACCUGUAUACUGCCUCCCAGCUCAAAGGCACCAUGCUUCUGAAUAAUGGGAGGGAAAACAGCAGAAGACGGCUGUCCUCAUUUCCUGCUUGUGGGUUCUCCAUAGGCAUCUGCCUGGCCACUGUGAGAACAGAAUGCUGGACUAGAUAGAGCUUUGGGCUGAUCCAGCAGGUUCUUCUCAAAGAUGCAGGACUGUGUUAAGGUGGUAAUCAUUAUUGAGGCCCAGAUCUAAGAAAUUCUAGUAUAUAGCAAGUGUAUGAAUAGAAAGGCAUGUGUAUGUGUCUGUCUAGAAUUAUCAAAUAUGGAAUGAAAAUGUUAUUGUAGUAAAAUAAUAAUGCCCUGAAAUAAUAACAGGAAAAGGGAGAAUUAGGUUUAGACAGCAAUUCUUUACACAUUUAUAUAGAAGGAAGUCUCAUUGAAACAAUAGCACUUGCUUCUGAGUAGACAUAGAUAGGAGUGCAUUGUUAGUCACUUUAAAGGGAAGUGCAAUUAGAGAUGUAAACUACCUGGUAACUUUGAAGCCAGAGAGAGGGAAAUAAUAGGUUCCUCCCUCGCCAAUCCCAAAAAGUGGAAAUUUUGGAAUCUAUUUCAUGGCUUGACUAGCUGUAUCCAUUCAACCCAGGAAAUGCAGCGAGGUCAGCCUCUUAACUAGCUUGAAUUCCCUCAGUAAUCACCUUACAUCCUCAACAGCUGAAGAAAACUGCUCUCACCUCACUAUUUAUAGCUAAUCUAGCUUUGGUGUUAGAAUAUAAAGUGUUCACCUUAAGGGAAAAUAUUUAACAAUAUGCUUUCUUUUCCAUGUUUCACAAAGUAUCCACCCACCCCCCUUUUUAACUGAUAUAGAGGGGCAGGAAAGUGAAACCGCAGAUAAUAUUCCCCCUCCAACAAAAACCUUUCCCCCCCUUCCUGGGCAUGACAAAGUGCAUUUUUUUUCGGAGAUGAAUUGGAUUUCCUGGGCAGCUCCCAAAUGCUUCUUGCCAAUUUAAGGAAAAUGGACUAGAGGAGAGAAAAUGUGUUUGUUUUGGUCACAGUAUGAUGGGGAGAGGGUCCCAAAACAGCUCUUCUGCUUCCAUUCCCUUUGGGAGUGAGCGAAUGUGAAACACGUGUCUGUUCUUCCCAGGAGAACUCAUUCUUGCUUCAUCACCAGUGUGGAUGGGCCAGUGUUUAACAGAGAAACUCUGGGCAUAUGUCUAUGCGACUUAUUUGAACCAUCUAACUUGUUUUAAGUGGACUCUCAGCUAAGGAACUCUAUUUAAAUAAACUGCAAAGAUCUCAAACAAGGAAUUCUCGGCACCUGUACCAAAACUACAUUUCCCCUUUCGGGAAUAGCACGACAAUAACUGCCGUUAAAAAAGUUUAGAUUUGUAGCAGAGAUGCUUACCGAAAAGAGUCUUGCCAGCUGCUCCCCCUCGUUCAUGUUUUUUGCACUUGGCAGCUUUUUUCAUUUGGGGAGGGGGGCUCCCCCUCCUUGGGGAACUGGGUAUCCAUGUAUGUUUGUGUUUAUAUGUAUGUGUGUGUGUGCGUGUAUGUCUUAAUUGCCAUAUCCCCCAUACUCUAUGCUGAAGAGAUGGUGGAGGAUUGAGUGGGAAUGUAUUCUUAAGUCCUUCUCUAAGCAGCACAAAAGGCCAAGAACCAGCCAUCAGGGGCAUCUCAUCCAUGCAACCAAACCUUGUGUAUUUUUUAUUUGAAAAUAAAAAUCACCUCUGAAGCCAA